CUCAGAUCGAAGAUUCCGCUGCCGGCAUGGACACGGGCUUUACGGGCAGAUACGCAAGCAAAUGGCUCACGACGGGGCGUUAUAUAAAGGUACAGGAUUUGCUGCUUAGGUGUCUGGCGUUUUGGAUGCUGUUCCUGUUCUUUGCGCUUCAGCAUUCGUGAAAUACGCUUCAGUUGCUACUUUUCCAACUCUCUGACUCGAGGCCGAUAAGGAGAAAAGACAAACCGUCGAACAGACUGCCAUACACACAGAAACCGUCAUGCCUGCCACUGGUGCCCCUGCUAAUAUCGAAUCGUUGUACACGUUCAAGGACGAUGUCUCCGAUCCCAAGCUCUUCGAGACAUGGAAGCCAAAGAUCCAGGCUUAUCGUGAUGCGCUAGAUAAGAACACGCUUGCUGAGUACCGUGUUCCGGAACCGGAGGUUCCAAAGGACCUCGACGCCAAGAUCUUCGACACCGUUGAGUUCUUGUCCACAACCAAGGCAUUGACCGACAAGGAGAAGGAGAUCACCACGACCUCUGCGUCGGACUUGGCUGCCAAGAUCGCGUCGAAGGAGUACUCGUCGGUUGAGGUCUUGAAGGCCUUUGCACACCGUGCGGUGAUCCUGCAACAGUUCACGAACUUCGCCAUGGACUUCUUCAUCCACGAGGGCCUCAAGAGAGCGGAAGAGCUGGAUGCAUACCUGGCAAAGGAAGGCAAGACUGUCGGUCCUUUGCACGGUCUGCCUAUCUCCUUGAAGGAGCAGAUCGGCUACGCCGGUAAGAUCACCAACGGUGGGUGGGUCGCAUGGUUGGACAACAUUCCAAAGGAUGACGCAACCACCAUCAAGACGUUGAGAAAGUUGGGUGCGACAUUCUUCGUCCGUACCAACCAACCACAGACCUUGAUGCAUUUGGACUCCAAUAACAACAUCAUCGGUAGAAGCAGAAACCCACACAACUCUCUUCUCACGCCAGGAGGUUCCUCGGGCGGUGAAGGUGCAUGUGUUGCCGGACGUGGUUCCGCAAUCGGGGUGGGUACAGACAUUGGUGGUUCCAUCAGAGGCCCAGCUGCGUUUUCCGGAUGUUACGGUUUGAGACCAACCUCAAGACGUAUAUCUUGUCUUGGUGGUGUCUCCUCCGGUAAGGGCCAAGAAUCGGUUGUGGCCGUUGCCGGUCCAAUCACCAAUUCUGUCGCCGACAUCGACUUGUUCAUGAAGUCGUACAUCAAUGAGGGUAAGCCAUGGGAUGACGACCCUUGGUGUAUCCCAGUCUUGUGGAGAGAAGUUCCUGAACCAAGUCCAAAGGAUGUCACUGUCGCAAUUAUGUAUGACGACGGCUUGGUCAAGCCACAUCCUCCUAUUGCACGUGGUCUAGAGUUUGUCGAGUCCAAGUUGAAGGCUGCAGGAGUCAACGUCGUCAAGUUUGAUCCUCUGGACAUCCAAGAAGCCUACGACGUUGUCCACGAAAUGUACACAUGUGACGGUAACUACGCUCAAAGAGAAAUGCUCCGUCCAUCUGGUGAACCUCUCUUGCCUUUGACCAAGUGGGCACUUUCAUUUGCAAAUGGUGACAAGAUGUACAAUGUGACUGAAAACAGAGAAUUGAACUACAGAAGAGAUGCAUUGAGAAAGAAGUAUUUAGACUACUUCACUAAGGAAAAAGUUGACUUCAUAAUCUCUCCAACAUAUGUUGGUUGUGCACCUGUCUGUAUCAACGAUGGUGAGGCUGGUGCAUACUACUGGGGUUACACCACUCUUUUCAACAUCCUUGACUUACCAACCUUGGUCUUCCCAACUGGCUUGAAGCAAGACCCUAAGCUCGACGUCAAAGACACUACAUACACACCAAGAUCUGCCAUCGACAAGAUUGAGCAGGAUAAAUACAUUCCUGAAUUGUUUGAAGGUGCUCCAAUAUGUUUCCAAUUGUCUGCCAGAAGAUACUUCGAUGAAGAAGUCGUCGCUUUUGGUAAGGUUAUCGAAAAAAUAAUAAACUAGUUCCAAUUCGACCCUUUUUUAUACAAAUUCAUAUAUUUACUUAGACGUUAUAUUUUUCCAUUCUCAAAUUCAAAACCCUUUCUAUAUAGGGCCCA